AUGGAUGGCUAUAAUCGACCCGUUGGCUUCUCCGAGAGAAGGGGGAGCAUCCUGACCGAGGAGUUGGCGCUCAAUACUGGGAAUGCUGCCAUGAGCAGCCCCAGGAUAGAAAAGCUGCCACAGCAACACGCUCGACCGAUCAGAGGACCCCCGACCCCGAGCAUACCCACGCCGGCGACCGACUUUGACCAGCAGCUGACGGGCUCACCACCACCGCCUCCCACGCCGGCGGCAUCUCCUGGCCCAGCGCAAUGCCAGCCGGAUUGGAGCGAUGCCGCAGAUGAUGAGGACUUCUUUCUCGCCAAGGUUCGCCAGCAUUUUAAGAAUUGCUCAGGUCCUCAGCGGACGAGGGUGCUGGCUGACUUGCUCAACCUCUGCACCAGCCAACAGCUGAGUUUUGUCCAUCAGUUUGUCAGUCCGCUUCUCAAAAAGGACCCUUUCACCAGCCUACCGGACGAAUUAUGCUUGAGGAUUUUGUCCUUUAUUGACGACCCCAAAGUUUUGGCUCGAGCCUCGCAAGUAUCGAAACGAUGGCGAGACCUUCUCAGUGACGAUAUGACAUGGAAGAAUCUCUGCGUCAAACACGACUAUGACCGUCGCCUAUCCGAAAUCAAUACCCCUUCAGCCGGCUUACCAAUGAAGUCGGUUGCUCAUUCUCUGGCAAGUGCCGAUCACGACAUGGUGACCAGCAGCAGUUUCCCCGGCUCGUGUCCGCUUUCCGGGCGUGGCUCUGGCGCUAGAAGCUACGACGGCACCCACAGGCUGCGACCCAAACUGCGAUCGUACAAGUCUCACUUCAAACAACGAUAUUUGGUGGAGGCCGCUUGGAGGUCCGGCGGCACCAGUGUUCACAGAAACGUCACUCAAGAAGGCGGCGUCGUUACCAGCCUGCAUCUGACUCCAAAAUAUAUCAUUGUGGCUCUGGAUAAUGCCAGGAUUCAUGUAUUUGAUACCAAUGGGGACUCUCAGCGCACCCUACAAGGGCAUGUGAUGGGCGUCUGGGCCAUGGUACCAUGGGAAGAUACCAUGGUCAGUGGUGGUUGUGACCGUGAUGUUCGCGUCUGGGACCUGAAGACGGGUGCUUGCCUACUCACAUUGCGAGGCCAUACCUCUACGGUCAGAUGCCUCAAAAUGGCCGAUGCAAACACGGCAAUUUCUGGCUCUCGUGAUACGACCCUUCGCAUCUGGGACAUAAAGACGGGAUUGUGCCGAAACGUACUAGUUGGACACCAGUCCAGCGUGCGCUGCUUAGAAAUCAAGGGCGACAUCGUUGUGUCUGGCAGCUAUGACACCUUUGCAAGGGUGUGGAGCAUUUCGGAAGGACGAUGCCUCCAGACAUUGCAAGGCCACUUCAGUCAGAUCUACGCCAUCGCUUUUGAUGGCAGAAGAGUAGUCACUGGCAGUUUGGACACCAACGUCAGAGUUUGGGAUCCAACUACUGGCGAAUGUCUUGCCAUUCUUCAAGGUCACACAUCUCUGGUUGGGCAGCUGCAAAUGCGCGGAGAUACUCUUGUCACCGGAGGGUCUGAUGGGUCCGUUCGGGUCUGGUCACUGGAGAGAAUGUGUCCCAUCCAUCGCCUUGCAGCUCAUGACAACAGCGUGACUAGUUUACAGUUCGACGACACCAGAGUUGUCAGUGGUGGAAGUGAUGGCCGUGUGAAGAUUUGGGACCUCAAAACGGGUCAUCUUGUCCGAGAGCUUAUUGCUCAGGGAGAAGCAGUCUGGAGGGUUGCAUUUGAAGACGAAAAAUGCGUCGCCUUGGCCUUGAGACAGGGCCGCACUGUGAUGGAGGUUUGGUCGUUUUCGCCACCCGAGGAACAGCUCUACGACCGCCCGCUUUCCCUUCAGCAGCGCCUUCUCGAGGACUCCAACAGACCUUUGAGCGCCAUGGCUCUCGACUACAAGGCUGGAGACCCAGUCGUAGCAGGUCCAAGCCGCGAGAACCAAGAUGUUGACAUGCAAGACGCCGGCCCUGCUGCAGGCCCAUCUACCGCAUCAUUACAGGACCGAAACAAGACCUUUUUCCAUGACGACUAG